AUGAACAAGGGCUCCGGUGAAGAGGCAAGAGAAAUCGUCGUUGCAAUCUGGUGCAAUUCUAAGCACCAAUUGUUUUCUCCCCCCCACAGUCGUCGCCCAUUAUCGUUUGAAAUGGGAGAUCACGUGUUUCUUAAAGUAUCGCCACGUCGAGACUUGUCACGUUUCGGGAAGAAGGGAAAGCUUUCACUGCGUUAUAUCGGUCUGUUUGACAUUAUCGAGAAAAUCGGGGAGGUUGCAUACCGUCUGGCUAUGCCACCGAGAUUAUCGAAUGUGCACGAUGUGUUUCACGUCUCUAUGUUGAGAAAGUACGAACCGGAUCCGUCACAUGUGUUAGAAUGGUCCGAAUUGGAGUUAGAGGCCGAUGCGUCUUAUGAGGAAGAGCCGAAACAUCGUCGUACUUAUGUUAAUUUGGGCCUUGGAGCCAAAGAUAUAAUCUUUUGGAAACUAUUGGAGGUUGAAGUGUGA